CUCUCUCUUUUUUGCAUGACUCCGACGUUUUCCCCUCAAAUUAUAAGCCAAACCACUCUCUCUCUCUCUCUCUCUGCUCUUUAAGUCCCGAUCACGGGACGAAGAAGGUUUAGAGAGUAUACUGGUCGACGAACGGAUUUGAGAUGGGGAUCGUUCGUACCGAGGAGAUCAAGAGGACCGAGAUAGAGGAGUUCCAGCGGAUGCUCCUGAGCUGUGCCUCCGUCCACCGGAGGAAGGAUGAGGAGGGGCUGAAGCGUGGCCCGAGGGCGGGGCCAGGGCUCGUGGAGGACGAUGAACAAGACAAGGUGGUCUGCGUCACAAGCGGGGUGUCUUACCUGGGCAGGGCCAUCGUCAACCGCCUCCUCCUUCGUGGCUACUCUGUUCGUAUCACCGUCGACAAUCAAGAGGACCUGGAGAAGCUAAGGGAGAUGGAGACGACAGGGGAGAUGGGAACAGGCCGGGGCCGGAGCAACUUCUGGGCGGUCGUGGCCAAGCUGAGCGACGUCGGGAGACUGUCAGAUGCCUUCGAGGGCUGUCGUGGCGUGUUCCACACCUGUUCCUUCGCUGACCCCGCUGGCCUCUCUGGCUACUCCAAAUCGAUGGCGGAGAUAGAAGUGAAGGCGACGGAGAAUGUGAUGGAAGCUUGCGCGAGGACGCCAUCCGUGAGGAGCUGCGUGCUCACGUCGUCGCUGUUGGCCUGUGUGUGGCGACCAGACGAUCCUGAUAAUGAGCUUUCCUGUGUGAUUAACCCCGAAAGCUGGAGCAACGAAUCAGUUUGCCUAGACAAGAAGCUCUGGUAUGCGUUGGGGAAGCUAAGGGCGGAGAAAGCUGCCUGGAGAAUAGCUGAAGAGAGGGGAUUGAAGCUCACAACCAUCUGCUCAGCUCUCAUCACCGGUCCUCAAGUUUGCGGCCGGAACCCAACUCCGACAAUUGCCUACCUCAAAGGGGCCCCGGAAAUGUACAUGAAUGGGCUAUUGGCAACGGUUGAUGCCCUGAGGCUGGCCGACGCCCAUGUGAGUGUGUACGAGGCAAUGAAUCAUCAGAUGGCAUCCGGAAGGUACAUAUGCUUCGAUCGAGUGAUUGACAGGCCGGAUAAGGCAGCAGGGCUAGCAUCGGAAAUGGGGUUCCCGAUGGACAAGAUCUGCGGGAGCUCAACCUCCGGGGAAUUAACUCCCCGGCCUCGGUUUGAGCUGUCAAACUGGAAGCUCUCUGCCCUCAUGUCAAGAACUCCCCGGUGCUGCUUCGAGGAGAGUAAUGUGAUUUCAGACGUCCAUAGAUUUUGUAGGUAGAAGAAGGGAGUUGGGUUUUCCCUUUUCAUACAUCCUAUCCUCAAUGUCCCGGAAUUGAAUGAAUCUCAUAUUUCUAGUAAUUACGAAAUCAAUUCCUAAAUCUAGCUGGGAACUUUGUAUCAUUUUGUCCUGUAAUAGAAUCAAUAGUUUCAGUAUCACCACCGCAAAA